AUGCCCACCAAAUCCAAGUACAACCUGGUGGAUGACCGGCACGACCUCCGCAUCCCCCUGCACAACGAGGACGCCUUCCAGCACGGCAUCUGCUUCGAGGCCAAGUACAUCGGGAGCCUGGAUGUGCCACGGCCAAACAGCCGGGUGGAGAUUGUGACGGCCAUGCGGAGGAUCAGGUAUGAGUUUAAAGCCAAGAACAUCAAGAAGAAAAAAGUCAAUCUCAUUGUGUCAGUGGAUGGUGUGAAGGUCAUUCUGAAGAAGAAGAAGAAGUUUCUUUUGUUGCAGAAAAAAGAAUGGGCCUGGGAUGAGAAUAAAAUGCUCAUCAUGCAUGAUCCCAUUUACAGAAUAUUCUACGUGUCACACGAUUCCCAGGACCUAAAGAUCUUCAGCUAUAUUGCCAGGGAUGGGUCUAGCAACGUCUUCAGGUGCAACGUCUUCAAAUCCAAGAAGAAGAGCCAAGCCAUGCGCAUCGUCCGGACGGUGGGGCAGGCGUUCGAGGUGUGUCACAAGCUGAGCCUGCAGCACACCCAGCAGAACGCGGACGGGCAGGAGGACGGGGACAGCGAGAGGAAUGGGGAUGACCUGGAUGUCCCAGCCUGUCGCCUUCCCGGGCCGGAGCGAGCGGCCCCGGCAGCUGACGAGACCGACAUCGAUGCUGUGGAGCUGCCGCUGCCCGGAGCCGACAUCCUGGACUUCAGCCGCGGCGUCACCGACCUGGACGCCGUGGACAAGCAGGAAAGCGCUUACGCUGAUGUCAAGGUGGUUUUUCAGCAUCCCCAGCAAAAUAUUUUGACAGCUUCGCCCAAGAUGCUGCUGCCCUCGUCCACCCAGCUGCCUGACCUGGGAACACCCCUCUCUGCCCACCACCAAAUGCAGCUUCUCCAGCAGCUCCUGCAGCAGCAGCAGCAGCAGACACAAGUGGCUGUGGCCCAGGUCCACUUGCUGAAGGACCAGCUGGCCGCGGAGGCAGCAGCACGGCUGGAGGCUCAAGCUCGUGUGCACCAGCUGCUGCUCCAGAACAAGGACUUGCUGCAGCACAUCUCGCUCCUGGUCAAACAGGUGCAAGAGCUGGAGCUGAAGUUGGCAGGAAACACCAACACAGGCUCCCAGGACAGUCUGCUGGAGAUCACCUACCGCUCCAACAUCCUCCCCGUCCUCUGCGACCCGACCACUCCGCAGCCCGAGGACACCCACCCGCCACCGCUGGGCCCCAGCUCGGGCUUCCCCAGCACCCUGGGCAGCCCCAUAGGUAGGAACGACUGUCUGGUGAAGCUGGAGUGCUACCGCUUUCUGCCCGAGUCGGGGCCGCCUGCCCCAGAGCCGGCGCUGGGCAGCCUGGAGCUCAUCAAGUUCCGCGAGUCGGGCAUCGCCUCUGAGUACGAGUCCAACACGGACGAGAGCGAGGAGCGUGACUCCUGGUCCCAGGAGGAACCACCGCGCCUGCUCCACGUCCAGCCCAGGCAGGACCUGGGUGACAGCCUGGAGGACGAGAUCGCGGUGUAG